UUCUUUAGUCUCGAAAGAGUUUGUAUUAGAGCGUUGAGGUUGGAUGAUUUGGCGGUUUCUGAUAGUGUCGUGUUAAGUUGUUAUAUUUUUUAAUAUUCUUCUUUCGUUACACUGCAAUGUCUGAAGCGCGGAAUGAACCGUGUCUCCGCUGUGGUCAUCACACCCCAACCGUCUGUUUUGGGCAGUACCAGUUCACUGCUGACGAAUAUCAGGCGAUCCAGAAUGCUUUGCAAAGGCGUUUGGGACCGGAAUACAUCAGUCAACGUCCAGCAGGCGGGGGGCAAAAGGUCUGCUACAUUGAAGGUCACAAGAUUGUCAACCUCGCUAAUGAAGUCUUUGGUUAUAAUGGAUGGUCCCAUUCUAUCUCACAACAAAAUGUUGAUUUUGUGGAUCUCAUUAAUGGAAAAUUUUACGUCGGUGUUAGUGCAUUUAUUAAGGUCCAACUCAAGGAUGGAUCUUUCCAUGAAGAUGUUGGCUAUGGAGUGAGUGAGGGACUGAAAUCCAAGGCACUGUCACUGGAGAAAGCCAGAAAGGAAGCAGUCACUGAUGGAUUGAAGCGAUCUCUGAAAUCCUUUGGCAAUGUCUUGGGUAAUUGUAUUCUGGAUAAAGAGUAUCUGCAACUAGUCAAUAAGCUACCCAGACAGCAAUCAGAUUUUCACUUGGCGGAUGCUAAAAGAAGGGACAAUGAACCUUUAGUGCAGAAAGCCAGAUACAGCAGCAUGUUACAGGCUCAGAGGCAGCCUCUAUCUACUCUUGCUUCACAUUCUCCACAAGAUGCUAAAGAAGAGUUAUCAGAAACGAAGGAAGUUGUGAUACAAGGAAACUGCAACUUCUCACGAAGUAGAGACCACAGCACUGACCAAACAACCGUGCUACAGGAGCAGGAGUUGGAUCCCACAUACCAACGGAAACUUCGACAAAAGCAACUCCAACAAGAGUUCAGAGAACAGAUGGCAAAAAAAAGCAAGACACAACCACAGAAUACUGACAGUUCCAGUAGGACACAAGCAAACAUCCACCCAGUUAUGGUGACGACAGAGAAGUCUAAAUCAACACCACAAUUGAAUCACAGCACACCAGUCAGCUAUGAAGAAAACUUUGCCAAAGACAAAUUCCUAGCUGAUGAUCCUGAAUUCUGGGAUAUCCCUCUGGAUGGUGGUGGUAUUGACAACAAAUCAAAUGCCCCUUACCACGGACAAGUUCCAUCUACACCUCCCAUAGGCCAGCACCAAAUGAUGACACGGAGCAGAACACCACAAAGGAUAAAUUCUCACGAACAACCACACAAUGCAUACCAACUUGGUCUAAUGAGGUCCAGUCCUUGCCGACUGGGACAGUUCAUGAAGAAACGGAGAUUGGAACCUGCUUGAGAAGAACAAAAUAUAACAAACAACAUUUGUAUUUCAACAGACAUAUAUCUACGUUAUUGUAUGGCUGUUGUUUUUAAACUUUGUGGAGAAACAUCGAGCAAAAUGCAGGGCUUUUAAGGGAAAUCUGUCUAAUUACAUUCAUUCCGGAGUGCAGGUUUAUUUUAAUGGUCUACAUAAAGCACUAAUGAAAAAUGAUUGUACAAAAGUAUUCUGUACCUGGGGCAUAAGAGUGGUCACAAAUGAAUUACUGAUUAACUUAAUGCAGAUUUGUACUCCUUUAAGAAUGGUUCACUUGUGAAUUUUGACUACUUUUUUUCUAUAGAUUUUUGCUUCAAAUCUGUUUUUAGAGUUUGUCUCUAAAGAAUCUUUCAUACGCGCACAGUGAUAAAUACAGCUCUCUGACAGAAGACAAGUUAUGCUGUGGCUUUCCCUCAGUUUAUGGAUUAGGCUGCAUUGUAUGCCAUCAUGUUCUUGGAAAAAUUAUGGGAAAAUCAUUGAGGAGUAUCUUAACAGGUAGGACUGCACACUGUAUAAACAUUGUAGAAUGUAUCACAAUCAUACCUGAUCCGAAUAUAUUAACUUUCUGGUGAAUUUAUCAUGACCAGUCUCACUGAAGAGGAUGAGGGUGGGUUAGUUCAUAAGAUAACUGUCCCUGAACUAACUGCAGUAUAUUUUUGCAUUCUCAGUCCUAUAAUUUCAGCUACCAGUGUAUUUUAUUAUAUUGAUUAGAAAUAGUUCAAGUUUAGAACAUUUGAUACAGUUGCUUACGAAAAUGUUUGAAAUUAUUUGCAACGCUCACUUUUUCUGAACAAAGUAUGUAGGGAAUUAUCCUUAU